AUGUCGUCCAAUGGCUUACAUGAGCUCAUCAGGCACGGAGGCACGACAGACUCAGUUCAGGCGUCGGUUAAUAUUCAAGUUAUUGAAGUUUGUGCUUGUCCCCAGAGAGUGUGGUGGGUGUGCGUCGCACUGCUGGUGUGGACUCCGCACACAUACAGCAGGGAGUUCACGCACGAAGACAUCAGAGAAGCCAUGCUGUCCCUGGUCCACAUGAUCCGGAUGUCAGAAGACAAACUGGAACGACAUGAAUUCAGAGAGAGGACUCUUGGAGACCAGCUGAAGAAAAUGCUGAUCGGGCUUGACAAGAAACACAGAGCUCUGGAACCAUUGAAAGGGAUGAUCUCAAGACUUGACGACCGUCUGUCUAACGUGGAAACUAUACUUCUACAGAGAGAAGAACGUGAAAAGUCAUCCCAAGCGAAAAUAAAUGAAGCACUAGAAGGCAUACAGAAGGCGCUGGUGGCGUUAGCACCUGCUCCUCCUCCACCGAUAGACCUGGACAACAACCUGUCUGCCAACGACGACGCUAUUCAACGGAGGCUAGACACCACUGACGCUAAGAUCGACGCUGUCAAGAAGGAAAUCAAAACUCUGAAAAACACUUUAAAUCCGGAGACAUUCCGUUCGAUGUGCUUAGAAGCAGCUUCCGACACAAAUCCAUUUGAGAAGCACAUAUCAGAAGCUGAGAAACUUCUAAACAAAUAUGAAACGAAACUCAGUGAGUACAAUGGAACCAAAGUGCAGACCGACUUCGUACCACUGAACGAAGUGUCGCUAGCUGACGAGGCGUGGCACAGCAAGAUGAGUGAAGUGAUGGAGCGCCAAGAAAAGGAAAUAAAGAAGAUCCAGCAGUUGUUGUCUGACGCGGAGAGCAUGUGGAAGGACCUCCCGCGACUGGGUUCUAAUAAUUUGAGUGUGGAGGUGUGUAUUAAGGUAGUCUCUGAUAGGCUUGUUAAAAGCAAUAACUUUAGUACAAUUGAUAGGGGUAAAUUUUGCUACCCUUUUAACAAUAAAUAUUUUGUUUUUCUAUUUUGUAUUUGAUAACUAUGAAUCUAC